UCGGAUUCGGCCAUUUUGUUUCGAGUCCUGUAGCCGACGGACAUCACGUUGUCGACGAAGUUAUAACUUUUUUUUUCUGUGUGUUAUUAUAUUGUUUUCAUGCGGCAAAAUGGUGUUCAAGUGGAACGAUCAAAAUACAUUACUUUUUUUGGAGAACUUUAAAAAUUAUCAAUGCCUUUGGAACCACAAAAUUGUUGAAUACAAAGACCGAACAAUGCGGGCAAACUCUAUAAAAUCUCUAAUCAGUGAUUUAAACUUAGAAAUUACUGAAGAAGAUAUUAAACGUAAAAUAAAAACGAUAAGGACCCGGUAUACAACAGAAUUAACCAAAAUAAAGCAGUCUACUAAAAGCGGUUGCUCUUCUGACGAUGUCUAUGUACCGACCCUGUACUGGUUUAAACAUGCAGAAUUUUUAAGCAGUGUAUGCGUCCCACGGCAGAGUACAUCAAGUCUCGAUGCACCACAGACUCAAAAUGAAGACUCUACUGAAUCUGAGCAGACUCAAGCUGGCAGUGAGGAACAGAAGACGCCAAAUUCUGAGGUUAGUAGGAAUGGAAGUAGUGAACUGACGACUCCUUCAUAUUCUCGAAAGCCAACAAACAAGAAAAGGAAGAUUGAUAUACCGAUUGAUAGAGCAAUUAAAGAAUUAAAAACUAUAAGCGAGCAAGCCAAAGUCCAAACUGAAGAUGAGUUUGAUUUGUUUUGCAAAAGUUUGGCAGUACAACUCAAGAAAAUGCCCUUGAACAGGGCUGUGAUAUGUCAGGAAAAACUUCAAUCUGUGAUGACUAAGGAACGGUUAACACAGAUGUCACAAUCAUUUCCUGAAGUAAUUUACUCGGACUCCAGCACUCCAUCCCCAUUUACUAUCAACCAGUCGCCUCUAUACCAAAAUACAACACCGGAGUAGUUGUCCAAACAUCCACCCAAGAGCAAGAAAAGAUACUCUCACA